AUGUCUCUAUUUAAACCAACCUGUCAUCUUUUGUUUUAUUCAUUUGUUUUUGGUGGAACUACAUUUUACUCAUAUGCUGCAUCACCUGUAGCAUUUAAAACUUUGGAAAGAGAUCAAUUUUCUAAGCUUCAAAGUAAGGUUUUCCCUGGAUUCUUUUUUUUACAAUCUGUUUCACCAUUGAUAUUAUUAUUCACAUCACCAAUUGCUUUAACCAAGGCUCCAAUUGCUGCUUUGACUAUUGCUUCAAUUAGUGGUGUCACUAAUUUAUCAUGGUUAUUACCAUGGACUCGUAGAAUUAAGGAAGAAAGAAAGGCUUUGGCUGACAGAUUAGAGGGUAAAGAAUUAGAAGCAUUUGAUAAGGAUCUACGUAAAGAAUUUGGUAAAGCUCAUGGCUUGAGUUUGCUUUUCAAUUUCACUAAUGCUCUAGGUUUAUUAACUUAUGGUAUUUAUUUGAGCAAAGGUAUUUUAAGAUACUUACCAAAAUAA